AUGAGUAGUCGCGGCGGUAAAUUAGCCCCAGAAGUCAAUCGAGCUCUGUUCGUAAAGAACUUGAGUUACAACGUCACUCCGGAAGAGUUGUUCGACCUCUUCGGAAAAUUUGGCCCAAUUCGCCAGGUUCGACAGGGUAUCGCCAACAACACCAAGGGUACUGCCUUCGUUGUCUAUGAAGACGUAGCCGACGCCAAGCAAGCCUGCGACAAGCUCAACGGCUUCAAUUUCCAAAACCGAUACCUCGUUGUUCUAUACCACCAGCCCGACAAGAUGGCCAAGUCAAAAGAGGACCUCGAAGCCCGCCGGGAAUCUUUAGCUCAGCUCAAGCAACAGCAUGGCAUCGAUUGA